UGCCGUUAGGGGCAUAAAAAAGCAUGGUCCGAACCAUAUUAAUCGAUCCGAAAAGAAAAAUUCGAAUCUUUUCUGUUAAGAUUUCCUUUCGGAUCUUUAAGGGCAAUUAUAUAUAUAUUGAAAUUUGUACUGGCCUUGCUUUAUGCUGAAUGGGUGUACUUUCUUAUAAGUUGUAAUCAAGAAUGGCUUCACCAGUUCUUUUUAUAUGUGCAUACACACAUGUGAAAUCAGUACACCAUCGAAAAUUAUUUGAACGUGAUUUUGUGGACGCUCACGACCCCUCAAACUUCGACGUCGUUUUAAUUGGAUUGAGAUCUUCUACUUUUAAGGAUAGAAUCGCCUAAUCGGGGCGGCUGAUGAUCCGUGCGGAUAGCUCAUGGCGAUGAGCAGUCCUUACCACAAGCCGCGACUGGCAAGUCGACGGCGUGAUGAAAAAGUAUAGCAAAAGCCGAGAGUCGAACACGACUCCAAAGUUUUGAACGACCAACAGAAAAUGUUGUGAUGAAUCAACCGUCCGGUAGGGCGAAUGUGAAGCUUCAUGAAUUAGAAUGAACGUGAAGGAAGUCCAAAUCGAAUGUGUAUCAACCUACGAGAUUGUUUUCCGCGAAUGUCAAAGCUGUCCUUUUUCACAACCAAAUGCAGGAAGGGGAUACGGAGCUUGGUGUUGGAAGGAUCGGACACUCUCCGGGCCACCGGAGCGGCCAUAAUCAUGCAGCCAAACGGUUGGAGGGCGCUUGAUCAAUUAGGGGUCGCCUCGAAGCUCCGGAAAACUGCUAAUGCCAUCGAAUCCGGGCGCUUCAUAACCAUCCCGGACGGGAAGCAAGAGCCUAUCCCCCUUGGGGGAGAACUACGGUGCUUGAGAAGAAUGGAUCUCAUCAAUGUAUUGGCUGAGGACUUGCCAUCGAACGCCAUAAGAUUCGGGUGUCGUGUGGUCUCUGUCGAGCUGGAUCCAACCACGUCACGUCCUCUCCUUCAUCUCGAUGAUGGAGGUACCAUCAAGGCCAAGAUGGUGAUCGGAUGCGAUGGCGUGCGCUCUGUGGUUGCGAGUAUGGUCGGAUUGAACAAAACCGGCCUUUACUCAAUAGAUGUAACGAGAGGGUUCACCCGGUGUGAAGAUGGCCAUGGACUUGAAAAAGAGUUCGUGGUGAUGAGCAAAGAUGGACUUCAACUGGGGUGGCUUCCCGUGGAUGAUCGCUUGGUUUACUGGUUCGUGACUCAGAAGUGGACUUCUCCAGAUUUAGAUUCCAGGGUAACGCUUGCAAAGGAUCCAAUGCUCCUCAAAAGCUCGAUCGUGGAAGCGAUGAACGACUUCCCAACUGAUGCGAUACAGAUGGUGUCAGACAGCGACCUAUCUACCGUCCAGUGGACGGAACUGCGGUACCGUCCGCCGUGGGAGAUACUGAGGAGAAGCUUUUGGAAAGGCGCGGUUGUGGUGGCUGGGGACGCCAUGCAUUCGAUGGCCCCCUUCCUCGCGCAAGGCGGCGCCGCCUCGUUGGAGGACGCGGUUGUGCUCGCUCGGUGCUUGGCCAAGAAGAUCAAGCUAGCCACUGUUGGAGUCCAUCGUGGUCCGAGAGGGAGGCCAUUAUCAUUCGAGAAGCCAGCGGUCGAGGAAGCAUUCGAACAGUUCAGUAAGGAGCGUAGGGCAAGAGUGUUUUGGCUGACCAUGGAGACUUUCUUCGUUGGGUCGAUCUUAGGUAGUUCCUCAGGGAUCAUCAAGCUUCUGGCGGUGCUGUUCAUGGCCAUCCUCUUCUCGGAUAAAACUGGCCACACCCGUUACGAUUGCGGUCGUCUCUGAGAGAGGAAGGCUACUGCUACCAGUUAGAGUAAUUCUGCGAAAGCUUGGUUAGUCAUAAGUGUGCGAAAGCAACAAGA